GAUCUGUUAUCAUCGUGCUGAGGAUGGCAUUUGACUUUGAUUUUUUUCACCAUAGGAGUCUUCCGUAUGUUUUACGAACCGCACUAGUUCUCUGCAUCAAGGCAUGACCGCCAUCAUCUACUAUGUGCUCCCCAUGUUACUGGGGCGCACUUACGACAUGAGGACGAAUAAACCUGGUGUCGACAUUUUCCCUCAAUCAGCCAUUGACGAAGCAACGGUGAUCGAGCGGCACUUCACCGACGCCCAAUACAAGAUGGUGUCAGACACGAGGGAGGCUCGGGAUUUCUUGGGCGUGUCGGGCGACCUCUCACUCAAGAUCAAGGCUGGAACUGUCAACAUCCAGGGACUCGGAAACUACAUGAAGGAAACGUACUCACGCUCCAACUUGGUCGAGAUUCUGGUCAAGGUUCACUACGAGACGGAGACGUUGACUUUGCCAUCUAGAGCUGAGCCUCGUCCUGGAUGGAAAAUCUUAGACUUACAGGACAUCGGGACUCACUAUGUUCGAAGUAUCACUUAUGGUGGAGAUAUGGUUGCUUCACUUCGCUUCACAGCUAAGAACGCAGCAGACAGGGAAAUGAUCCGGGCAAAAGUCCAGGCAAACCUUCAAGCAGAUUCAGGAUCGUUCGGACUAGGCAUCGAAGGUAACUUCUCUCGCCUUCAAGAGGACCUCAAGGACUCGUCCUCGUUGGAAAUCAACUACUACGCGACUGUGCCCAUCAAGGGGGUACCCAACACCAUGGAAUCUCUCAUGGAGUUGGUGGAAGAAUUCCCCGAGCAGACGCAGCUCGUUAACAACGGGAAAGGGGUGCCCCUCAGCAUGGAGCUUUUCCCGCUCUCAGCCCUCGAUUCCGAACUACCUAGAUACCUGGAGACCAAGGCUCUAGUGGAUCAACUGGAUCGUUUAGAGGUUCAAUUUGACGACAUUCGGGCUACGAAGAAAGUGCUCCAGGAAUGGUUACUGAACGUCCCUCCUGUACUCACUCAAGAACUCGAGGACGAAGUGGGUGCUUUUAACGACGAACUGGAGCGUAUCUCUUUCGUGUUCUACAAAGUGCUAGCGAACCUGAAUCUCGGAGAAAAUGCCGACGUGGGGCAGUUCAAGGAAGCCUUUGACGCCUAUGCAAGCAACGGAGGCAGCCUUCCUGACAAGUACUAUCGGAAAUUUCAAGUCUUGAAGCACAAAAUCAUUCACAGCUCAAAAGUUCUGCAGACAGACGUAGGCGGAACUACUUACACCCACUGGGGACACGAUGAAUGUGGUGGCAGCCAGACUAUAUACAGUGGCACCAUGGCCUCGACUGAUAUGACGAAAGGCGGAACAGCAAGUAUAAUCUGUCUUACGGACGACCCUCAAACAGACGACGAUGACAAAGAUUACAAAAAACAUCACAAAUUUUACUCCAAGUUGUCUCCCGUACGCAUUAUGGGCCGUAAUGUUUCAAGCGAUGCGCCGGUAUCCUGCGCCGCUUGCUUCGCCGGCGAACGUACUUCCGCCUUGACUUUCCCGGGGCGCACCGCCUGCCCUCCCGCCUGGACGUUGGAAUAUGAAGGCUACUUAGCGACUAAAAAUUUCGAGAGCCGCAGAGGCGACUACUUGUGCGUGGACACUGACGCCGACGCAACAAAGGAUGGAGCGCUGCUGACGGUGGACUCGGACGUUUUGGACGCCGUGAGUGAUUUGGGGAUGCAAUGUGGGACUCUGCCUUGCGAUGCCUACGAAAAUAAGCUGACGCCUUGUGUCGUUUGUUCCUACUAAAAGUCGAAUAAAAAAUUGCCCACUAAACAUCAAAAAACAAA